GCCAACUUCGGCGCCCUCAUCGACUCUCCCGACCGAUGGCAUGGGACAGCGUGAAAAGCUACAAGUCUGCAGCCUGGUGGUUUUGCAGUUCUUCUCCGGCUUUGCCUGGGCCGUACAGCGGCCGCAAGGCUUCUUCGUCGUGCUGUUGGAGCAGCAUGGUUUUUCAGGAACCUUCCGUCAACGAUGCCUCGAUGCCUGCGGUGACCUGCGGUGACCUGCGGUCCGGACAGGGUCUGCCAUCGGCUUGAUCAGUUCCUUGGGCUUGUUCACCCCGACCCUGACUGGGCCUCUGGUGGGCUUCGCUGCCGACGCGCUGGCGCCCGAGCAGCGGCACCGGCUCUUCGCGGGUGUGGCGCUUCUGAAAUCGACAUUGCAGCUGGCUGCGUGGCCAGCGCUGGCAGAUGCCCCAAGCAGCAGGGCAUACUGGUGGAUCUUCAGUUGCAUGUGUUUGCAGGCAGCCUGUUCCCAGGGAGGAAUGCUCACAGAGAUCACGCUCCGAUUUGUUGGAAAGGAGACCUAUGGGAAGGUGCGCCUUUGGGGUGGCAUCGGCUUUGCCUCCGGCUCGCUGCUGACGGGGCUCCUGGCACAUCACCUCGGCUACAGCAUCGUUUUCCUCGAGAGCAUGUUCGUGGGUGUGGCCUUGGCAACGUCCGUCUUCUGCCUAGCUCACGCCUCCGUCUCAGCCGCUCCGGGCUCGGAGAUGCUCCAUGUGGCGGCUCCGUCGGAGCCAACGUCGGAGCGGUCCAGGAGACCGUCGACCAAAGAACUCCUGAGAUUUCUCCUGACUCCUCGCGUGGCGGUGAUGCUGAUCAUUGUGGUAGCGAUGGGAUUCUGUGAGGGCAUCAUGCAGACCUACACCUAUGUCCGUCUCCAAGAACUUCCUUAUGGAUCCUCAACAAUCAUGAGCUUGAGCGCUGUAUGCAUGAUCAUCUCGGAAGUGCCGUUCUUCUAUUUUGCCGAUCCCAUCGUCCGACGCUUUGGGAUCAUGCCCAUCUUGAGCUUCUCCCUUCUGUGCUCCGCCCUACGGCAGGGCUGGAUCUCCUUCCUUUGGGAUGCUCGUUGGGUUCUUCCAGGCGAACUGCUUCAUGGCAUCACCUUCUCCAUUGCCAAUGCGGCAGUGACCUUGAGCGCUCAUGACCUCGCGGCGGGCACGCGCUUCGAGACGACGAUGCAGUCAGUCAUCGGCAGCUGUUGGGUGGGCAUCGGCCAGGGCAGUGCCUCCUGGGCGGGUGGACUGGUCUUGCACCACGCGGGGCCUGUGGCGCUCUUUCAGGCCUCUGCCUUGCUGGCACUUGUCUCAUCCCUCUUGCCGCUGGGCCUGGCUCUUUGCGACCGCCAGCGGCCACGCUGCGACGCGGCGUAGACGAUCGACGGCCGGAAGCCGCGGGGCUUCGGCGGCCACCACGCUGCACGCCGUGACCGUGCGGCCGCGGUGAAGGACGACAGGUCCAUUUUGGUCGGUGAAGACCCAACGGUCAACGGAGGACUUCUGAACCGCCGAGUCGGCGGAGGCUGGGACGCUGUGGAUCGGACGCUGGAUCGGCCGUCCGAUCGGCUAGCGCGGGCUGCUGCAGAAGCCGUGGUGGA